AUGCUAGCAUUUCCUACUCUGCCUGUGACCCCUCCCAUGAAAUCGACAGGUGAUCGCUUAGUCGCCUUGGAGUUGAAGGAUGGUACUUCAGUGUUUGGUUAUUCUUUCGGUGCCGAAAAAUCAGCUGCAGGUGAGCUGGUUUUUCAAACCGGUAUGGUUGGCUACCCUGAAUCGAUCACGGACCCAUCUUACGAAGGACAAAUCCUUGUUAUUACUUUCCCGCUGGUUGGAAACUAUGGUGUCCCUGAUCGUAAUCUGAGAGAUGAAUUCGUCGAGGAACUGCCAAGGUAUUUCGAGAGUAAUAGAAUUCAUAUUUCAGGUCUAGUCAUUUCUCAUUACACAGAGGAGUAUUCACAUUGGUUGGCCAAAUCUUCUUUGGGCAAAUGGCUAAAGGAGGAAAAUGUUCCAGCCAUUUAUGGUGUCGACACGAGAGCUCUAACCAAACAUCUAAGAGAUUCCGGCUCUAUGCUCGGGAGACUGUCAUUGCAAAAAUCCAGUGUCGCUGCAAUCGAUUUGUCAAUAGUUGACCCAGAAUGGCAAGAUAAGUUUGAUAUUUGUGAAUGGGUUGAUCCAAAUGUCAAAAAUUUGGUUUCCAAAGUUUCAUUAAAGGAGCCUAAGCUAUAUGUUCCACCAACUGAUAAUGAAUAUGUCAUGUUACAGAAAGGUCCUGAUAAUAAGGUUCUAAGAAUUCUGGCUAUUGAUGUUGGUAUGAAGUACAAUCAAAUUCGUUGCUUCGUCAAACGUGGUGUGGAACUCUUGGUCGUCCCUUGGGACUAUGAUUUUACUAAAGAAGAAUACGAUGGUCUAUUCAUUUCAAAUGGUCCUGGUGAUCCAUCUAUGUUGGGAGAGCUAUCCCUUAAACUCUCAGCCGUGCUAAAAUCAAAGAAAACGCCUAUCUUUGGUAUUUGUUUAGGUCAUCAAUUAUUGGCUAGAGCUAGUGGUGCUUUGACCUCGAAGCUUAAGUUCGGUAAUCGUGGACAUAAUAUCCCUUGUACUUCCACAAUUAGUGGCAGGUGUUACAUUACUUCGCAAAAUCAUGGGUUUGCUGUCGACGCUGAAACUUUAGUAGAUGGCUGGAAACCUUUAUUCACAAACGCAAACGAUGAGUCCAAUGAAGGUAUCUACCACACUGAUCUACCAUACUUUUCCGUCCAAUUCCAUCCUGAGUCUACUCCAGGUCCAAGGGACACGGAGUUUCUCUUUGAUGUUUUCAUUCAAUCUGUCAAGGAGCACAAAUUCUCUGGAAUAUUAAAACCUGUUGAAUUUCCAGGCGGGCUUUUGGAGGAGAACCGAAACGCUCAUCCUAGAGUGGAGGCUAAAAAAGUUUUGGUGUUGGGUUCUGGUGGUUUAUCCAUCGGCCAAGCUGGUGAAUUCGACUAUUCUGGCUCUCAAGCAAUCAAAGCUUUGAAAGAAGAAGGUAUUUACACCAUAUUAAUCAAUCCUAACAUCGCCACUAUACAAACAUCUAAAGGUUUAGCCGAUAAGGUUUACUUCUUGCCAGUUACAGCUGAAUUCGUAAGGAAAGUGAUUCUUCACGAGCGUCCCGACGCUAUUUAUGUCACAUUUGGUGGUCAAACAGCUUUGUCGGUUGGUAUUGAGAUGAAAGAUGAAUUCGAAACUUUGGGAGUUAAAGUUUUAGGUACCCCAAUUCAAACCGUUAUCACAACUGAAGACCGUGAACUCUUUGCUCAAGCCAUCGAAGAAAUUGAUGAAAAGUGUGCAAAAUCCGCUGCUGCUAACAAUAUUCAAGAGGCAUUAGAUGCUGUAAAGGAAAUUGGCUACCCGGUUAUCAUUCGAGCUGCUUAUGCUUUGGGUGGUUUAGGAUCUGGUUUUGCUAACAAUGACAAGGAAUUGGUCGACUUAUGUAAUGUUGCGUUUGCGUCCUCUCCACAAGUUUUGGUUGAAAGAUCCAUGAAGGGGUGGAAAGAGGUGGAAUACGAGGUUGUUCGUGAUGCAUUCGACAAUUGUGUUACAGUCUGUAACAUGGAGAAUUUCGAUCCAUUGGGUAUUCAUACCGGUGACUCUAUUGUUGUAGCUCCUUCCCAAACUUUAAGUGAUGAGGACUACAAUAUGUUAAGAACCACCGCUAUUAACGUUAUCAGACAUUUGGGUGUCGUUGGUGAGUGUAACAUCCAGUAUGCUUUGAAUCCUUUCUCAAAGGAAUACUGCAUUAUCGAAGUCAAUGCGCGUCUUUCUCGUUCUUCUGCUCUAGCGUCAAAAGCUACCGGAUAUCCUUUAGCUUACACGGCUGCAAAAUUAGGUCUAAACAUUCCCUUGAAUGAAGUUACAAAUUCCGUUACGAAAUCAACCUGUGCCUGUUUCGAACCUUCAUUGGAUUACUGUGUCGUGAAGAUGCCAAGAUGGGAUUUGAAAAAAUUCACAAGAGUUUCUACUGAACUGUCUUCUUCCAUGAAAUCUGUGGGUGAAGUUAUGAGUGUUGGUAGAACUUUUGAGGAAGCCAUUCAAAAAGCUAUUAGAUCCACAGAAUACAGUAACUUGGGCUUCAAUGAAACAGAUUUGGAAAUAGACAUAGACUAUGAACUGAACAAUCCUUCUGAUUUGCGUAUUUUCGCAGUAGCAAAUGCCUUUGCUAAUCUUGGCUAUUCUGUUGAUAAGGUUUGGGAAAUGACAAACAUUGAUAAAUGGUUCUUGAACAAGCUUUAUGAUUUGGUGGCAUUUUCCCGCGAGAUUGCAGCAUAUGGAACCAAGGAGAAGCUACCAUCUAUCGCCUUGAAGCAAGCCAAACAAUUGGGGUUCGAUGAUAGACAAAUUGCCAAGUUUUUGAAUUCCAACGAAGUUGCUAUUCGUAGACUAAGAAAGGAAUACGGAAUUGUACCAUUUGUUAAGCAAAUAGAUACUGUCGCUGCAGAGUUCCCAGCUCAUACGAAUUACCUGUAUAUGACCUACAAUGCUUCUACGCACGAUGUAACUUUCGAUGAUAAAGGUGUUAUGGUACUAGGAUCCGGUGUUUAUCGUAUCGGGUCCUCAGUUGAAUUCGAUUGGUGUGCCGUUACUGCAGUUAGAACCUUGAGAGCAAACAAUGUCAAGACGAUAAUGGUCAACUACAACCCCGAGACCGUUUCUACAGACUAUGAUGAAGCUGAUAGACUUUACUUUGAAACCAUCAAUUUGGAGAGAGUUCUAGAUAUUUAUGAAGCCGAGACAUCAGCCGGUGUAAUUGUUUCUAUGGGUGGUCAAACUUCAAAUAACAUUGCUAUGUCGCUACAUCGUGAAAACGUCAAAAUUUUGGGUACAUCUCCAGAAAUGAUUGAUGGUGCUGAAAACCGUUAUAAGUUUUCUCGUAUGCUUGAUCAAAUUGGUGUGGAUCAGCCUGCAUGGAAAGAAUUGACUUCUAUGGCUGAAGCAGAGAAUUUUGCAGACAAUGUUGGAUAUCCUGUUCUUGUCCGUCCUUCAUAUGUCCUGUCCGGUGCUGCAAUGAAUACAGUCUACUCUAGGGACGAUUUGGAAUCAUACUUAAACCAAGCUGUAGAGGUUUCUCGCGAUUAUCCUGUCGUCAUCACCAAGUACAUCGAAAAUGCGAAAGAAAUUGAAAUGGACGCUGUCGCAAGAGAUGGCGAACUAGUGAUGCACGUUGUUUCUGAGCAUGUCGAAAAUGCUGGUGUUCAUUCAGGUGAUGCCACAUUGAUUGUUCCUCCUCAAGACUUGGAUCCUGAGACGGUAGAAAGAAUUGUUAUCGCAACUGCCAAGAUAGGUAAAGCAUUGAAGAUUACCGGUCCAUUUAAUAUUCAAUUCAUCGCGAAGGACAACGAAAUCAAAGUUAUUGAAUGCAAUGUUCGUGCCUCACGUUCCUUCCCAUUUAUUUCAAAGGUCGUUGGUGUAAACUUAAUUGAACUGUCAACAAAAGCUAUAAUGGGCUUACCAUUUACUCCUUACCCAGUAGAGAAGUUACCAGAUGACUACGUUGCUAUCAAGGUUCCUCAGUUUUCUUUUCCUCGUCUUGCUGGUGCAGAUCCUGUUCUGGGCGUUGAAAUGGCUUCCACCGGUGAAGUCGCAUCUUUUGGCCAUUCCAAGUAUGAAGCUUACUUGAAAGCUUUACUCUCUACUGGUUUUAAACUACCAAAGAAGAAUAUUUUGCUCUCCAUCGGUUCCUACAAAGAAAAGCAGGAACUUUUACCCUGUGUGAAGAAAUUAUAUAACAUGGGCUACAAACUGUUUGCCACUGCUGGUACAGCUGAUUUUAUUUCUGAGCACGGUAUCCCUGUCCAAUAUUUGGAAGUGCUAAACCAAGAAGACGAUGAAAAAUCGGAAUACUCCUUGACUCACCACUUAGCAAACAACAAAAUCGAUCUGUACAUUAAUUUGCCAUCUGCUAAUAGAUACCGUCGUCCAGCCUCCUAUGUUUCAAAAGGUUAUAGAACACGUCGUAUGGCUGUCGACUAUUCGGUCCCUCUGGUGACUAAUGUUAAAUGUGCUAAGUUGUUUAUUGAAGCUUUGUCAAGAAAUAUGGCGUUGGGAGUUUCGGAACGUGACGCACAAACGUCGCACAGAACAGUUACUCUUCCAGGUUUUAUUAAUAUUGCAACAUUUGUUCCUAACGUUUCGAACGUAAUCAAGGGCCCUGCAGAACUGAGGGAGACAACACGUCUUUCUCUGGAAGCCGGUUUCACCUUUUGCCAAAUCAUGCCAAGGGCUGUGACUGGACCAAUCAUAACUGAUGCCCUAUCGUUGAAAGCUGCCAAUUCCGCCGCCGAGGAUUCCUCUUACGCUAAUUUUUCGUUUACUGUAGCAGGAACAGAGAAUAAUGGCGAAUAUGUGGCACAGGCAGCAAAUGACGUGAGUGCCUUAUUCCUGCCAUUCCGUGAGUUAAAGAAUCAGGUCUCCAAGGUUGCCGAAAUUCUUCAAAACUGGCCCAUCGAUAAGCCUGUUAUCGCAGAAGCCAAAACCUCUGACCUAGCUUCCGUCAUGUUGUUGGCAUCUCUUCAAAAUAGAUCUCUUCACAUUACUGGCGUUUCCAACAAAGAAGAUUUAUCUUUAAUCAUGACAGUUAAAGAGAAAGACCCAAGGGUGACAUGCGAUGUCAACAUCCAUUCUUUAUUCGUCUCUCAAGAUGAUUAUCCAGAAGCCAGCUUUUUACCAACUAAGGAAGAUCAAGAAUUCUUCUGGCAGAACCUGGACGCUAUCGAUGCUUUUUCCAUUGGUGGCUUACCUACUGCUCUGGCUCAUGUAACGGGUAACAAGGUUGAUAUUGGCCUAGGAAUCAAGGAUGCUUUGCCUUUGCUUUUAUCAGCAGUAGAAGAUGGUAAGCUGACUAUGGAAGACAUCGUUGAACGUCUACAUGAUAAUCCGGCAAAAAUCUUCAAUAUUCCGCAACAAAACGACUGCGUCAUUGAAGUUGAUCUCGAUUUUUCGUUCAGACACACCAAAAGAUGGUCACCUUAUACCAAAGGAGGCUUAAGUGGAGGUAUUGAGCGUGUUUUGAUAAACAACGAAACGGUUGUAUUGAGUGGUGAUUUGGUUGCUACUGAUCCUAGAGGAAAAUCUAUCAUAGUAUCCAAGAACAUUCCAUCAACUCCUUCAGCCGCCAAUGAAACUCCUCUAAAUGUGCAAACCACAGCUUCUAGAAGGAAAUUUUCCUUCUCCAACGAGAGACGCGGUUCUAUCUCCAGUUUUGAUGAGGGAGAAGGACUGGUUGACCAACCAUUAGAGCAAAGACUAAUGUCAUCGAGGCCUCCCAAAGAAUUGCUUGCACCUGGUGCCAUUCAAAGCUUGAUCCGUAGCAACAAUCCUUUCAAGGGCAGACAUAUUUUGUCAGUUAGACAGUUUAAGCGUUCUGACUUCCAUGCCCUAUUUGCAGUCGCACAGGAAUUACGAGCUGCAGUUGAACGUGAAGGUGUUUUAGAUUUGAUGAAAAGCCGUGUUUUAACCACUAUUUUUUACGAACCUUCUACACGUACUUCUUCUUCUUUCAUUGCAGCUAUGGAACGUUUAGGUGGUAGAACUGUCAACAUCAAUCCAUCCUCUUCUUCAGUGAAGAAAGGUGAAACGCUGCAAGAUACCAUAAGAACUUUGGCAUGCUACUCAGACGCCAUUGUGAUGCGUCACCCAGACGAAAUGUCAGCACACAUAGCCGCCAAGUACUCACCGGUUCCAAUCUUGAACGGUGGUAACGGUUCUCGUGAGCAUCCAACACAGGCUUUCUUAGAUUUGUUCACAAUUCGUGAAGAAUUGGGUACUGUCAAUGGUAUUACCAUCACCUUUAUGGGUGAUUUGAAGUACGGUAGACCCGUUCAUUCAUUGACGAGAUUACUGCAACACUACCAAGUCAGAAUUAAUCUUGUCUCUCCUAAUGAAUUGAGAUUGCCAAAUGCUUUACGCAAAGAAUUAGCUGAAGCAGGAUUAUUGGGAACUGAAAGUGAAGUGAUCACUCCAGAGAUUAUUUCAAAAUCUGAUGUUCUGUACUGUACUAGAAUACAACAGGAGAGAUUCGAAAACAAGGAUGAAUACGAUCGUUUGAAGGAUGUCUACGUUGUGGAUAAUAGAAUUCUGUCACACGCUAAGCAGCAUAUGGCUGUUAUGCAUCCACUACCUCGUGUAAAGGAAAUCAAAGAGGAAGUUGACUACGAUCACCGUGCUGCUUACUUUAGGCAAAUGAGAUACGGUCUUUUUGUAAGAAUGGCCUUACUGGCUAUGGUGAUUGGUGUAGACUUAUGA